GCCGCUUCGUUAUCGAAAUCUGGAAAUCCGCAUGACGAAACACUUUCCCAGCUCCCGGCAGGUCACAUUUUUCAGUUCAACAACAUUUUCGAAGGUUUCCUUUGUGAGCACGUGCAUAUUUAAUUUUUAACGUCAAAACAAACACUACCCAUAGACAUGACGGCGCCGAAAGCCCAACUGGUCAAGGACUUGAUCAAAAGCGACACGGUUGUCAUCUUCUCCAAGAGCUAUUGCCCCUAUUGUAGGUUAGCCAAGGAGGUGUUUGACAACUUGAAGCAGAAGUUUACCGCGAUUGAGUUGGAUCAGAGGGACGACUGCGACGAGAUCCAGGCGAUCCUGGGGGAGAUCACCGGAGCCAAAACGGUGCCUAGGGUUUUCGUUAAAGGAGAAUGCCUAGGAGGGGGUUCAGACGUCAAAGCCUUGUAUGACAAGGGUGAACUACAAAAGUAUUUUGCUUAAGGCCAUAUAAUACUUAGGUUUAUAACCACAUGCAAUACAGUCCUCGUUUUUACAAAAAUUCUCGUAUUGUAACAAAUAAUUAGAGUUCAAUUGUAUUCCAAUGUUUCGCUUAUUGUUUCAAUAAAUCUGAUAGCGUUUA